CCUUACUUCCUCCUUAGCCCCUCCACCCCUCAGCUCUCCGUGUACGUCCCCUUCCCGUCGCCCCGUGAGGCUGCCAUCGCUCUGCGCUCUCUGUCUCCGGACCGCGAGCCGAGGAAAGGCGGCAUCAGCAAACAUCUGGCGUUGACCGGCAGCACGCUGUCUGUGAGGUGGCGUGCCGACGAAGCUCGAAUCCUCAGAGUGUCUGUGACAUCGUUCCUGGAUCACCUGGCGCUCGUCAUGGAGACCAUGGAGAUGUUCGGCCCCCCCGUUGCCCUGUGAAGAUCCUCACAGGAUUCAGGACUGUUGUUUCGUCCUCUGGAGCUGUUUGAGCUGUGAGAAGACAACCUGGAGUAAAGGGGCCAGAGAUUUCAUUCCCCUUUGUAUGAAAGCAGAUGUUCUUCUACACUCAUGUUCCUGUCUCGGGGAACUGGGUCCACAUGCUCUUGAUGCCCUCGUUCGACCAGCAAGGGGCGUUUUUGUUUGAGAGCAACUCCAAGUAAGGAACGUGGAAUAAAGACAGGACCUCUAUGCGUUAGAGGAGAGGUUUAAUCUUUGAGGAGGAGGUGAAACUCCUGACUCACUAAAUUCAGACGUAACAAAUGAUUUCUUGUUGACGCGCAGAUCUUAUUCCUUCACUUGAACUUCAAUAUAGUCAGUGGAAUGAAUUUGGAAAGUUUGAUGUCUACUUUGUCCUUCAAUAAAUAACACCUAAAGUAUUUCA